AUGGCCUCUGUGAAGGCCUCGUGCAGCUCAAAUAUGUUUCUCUGCAGCAGCAGCAGCAGCAGCAGCAGCAGCAGCAGCAGCGGCAGCAGCAGCAGCAGCAGCAGCAGUAGGAGAUGCCAGCAGCAGCAGCAGCAGAAACAGCAGCAUCAGCAGCAGCAGCAGCAUAAACAGCAGCAGCAACAACAGAAGCAGCAGCAGCAGCAUCAACAACAGCAGUUGCUUCAUCAUCAGCAGCGGUGGCGGUCGCUGCAGCAGCUGCUGCAUCAGCAGCAAGAGCUGCAACAACAACAGCAGCAGCAGCAGCAGCAGCAGCAACAGCAGCAGCAGCAGCUGGGGUGUAUAGGCACCUCUAUGGUUUGUUUGCUUCUGUAG